GCCCUUCUGCCGUGAAAAAGGAAGAUGAGAAGCGGCCGCGGACCGACACCGAGCCGACACUGAGCCGAGUCCGAACCGAGAGCGACUUCCAGCGGAAUGGCGGCGGAGCGGCUGCCGACGACCCGGAGCUCAGCUGCUGUUCCCCGGCCUUGAACCCGCCACGACCGCCGCUGGAGCCGCGAAGCCUGGAGGAGCGGCGGGUGGAGCUGCAGCCUGCCGGGGCCGAGCCGAGCCGAGCUGAGCCGAGCCGAGCUGCAGGACUGAAGACUGCACCGCACCCUGAAACCAGACCCGAUCUCUGCCUGCCCCCCCUCCUUCAGCGUCCCUGCAGGCUGCAGCAUGGAGCGGUCCGGCAGCAUCCAGCUGGACAUCCCGGACUUCAGUAACUCGGUUCUGUCUCACCUGAACCAGCUGCGCGUUCAGGGCCGUCUCUGCGACAUCGUGGUCAACGUGCAGGGCCAGAGCUUCCGGGCGCACAAGGUGGUCCUCGCCGCCAGCUCGCCGUACUUCCGGGACCACAUGUCUCUGAGCCAGAUGAGCACCGUGUCGCUGACGGUGAUCCGCAACCCGACGGUGUUCGAGCAGCUGCUGUCCUUCUGCUACACAGGCCGCCUCUGCCUGCAGCUCGCCGACAUCAUCAGCUACCUGACGGCCGCCAGCUUCCUGCAGAUGCAGCACAUCAUCGACCGCUGCACGCAGAUCCUGGAGGGGAUCCACCUGAAGAUCAGCCUGGCAGACAUGGAUGAGGAGCCCGUGGAGGAGGCGCGGGGCUCCAGGGGCAACCGGACCCUGGAGGCUGUGGCACGAGGAGGCGGUCACCACGGUGGCCUGCGGCUUCUCGGCCCGCGGGGGGGGGCCGAGGUGUGUGAGGCGGUCAGUCCGGCAGAGGAGCCGCUCAGCCCGCCGCCAACGGUGGAGCACAGCGGGCUGGAGGGGUCUGGGACCACCACCGGCAGAGCAGGAAAAGAACCGAUCCUUCGCAUCAACCGGGCCGGUCAGUGGUACGUGGAGACGAGCAGCGAGCCGGAGCGCCCCGGCAGCGCAGAGGAGGGCGGUGGCAUGGACCGAAUACGGAUCAAGACUGAGAGGAUGGAGGAGUGGAUCGGCGCCGGGGAGCACCAGGAGGAGGGGGGGCCGGUAGAAGAAGGCACCACGGUUAUGAUCGACACGUCGGGACGCAGCACGCUGGUGACGGGGCCGGUGGGAGCGCUGGGGGGCCGGAGCGCCCAACCGUCCUCCAGCUUCAGCGAGACAGACAGGUUCAGUCCCACCGGCAGCGUCGUCGUCCUGGCGGAGCGUCAGCGGGCGAAGAGCGAGUCUCCGAGCCGGGCGGACGAGCUGCGACAGCCGAGCUCCCAGGGGGAGGAGCAUGCAGCGUUCGAUAUGGGUGGCUAUGAGGACUACCUGAGGGAGCAGGUAGGAGACCGCUGGUUCCGCUACAACCCACGGCUCACCUGCAUCUACUGCUGCAAGUCCUUCAACCAGAAAGGCAGCCUGGACCGCCACAUGCGCCUGCACAUGGGCAUCACGCCGUUCGUCUGCCGUAUCUGUGGGAAGAAGUACACCCGCAAGGACCAGCUGGAGUACCACAUCCGCAAGCACACCGGCAACAAGCCCUUCCACUGCCACGUCUGCGGCAAGAGCUUCCCCUUCCAGGCCAUCCUCAACCAGCACUUCCGCAAAAACCACCCAGGCUGUGCCCCUCAGGAGGCCCACAGCGCCUCCCCCGAGACCACCACCGCCUCCGUCACAUCCAGGGGAGGGCCGAGCGACGAGGCCUCCCCCAGCCAGGAGGAGCCGGAGGGCGGGGGCGGGAGCAGCAGCGGCGGAGGCCAGUACAGUGAAGGUCCCCAGGCCUCAGUCUCCACCACGGGGCCCGACUGACCUCAAAUGGGGGAAGUAGGGAAGUGUCGAGGUUGGGGUAGGGGGGCCGUCUGAUCCACCUGGAGCCAACAGGACGCUGAACCCGCAGCGACAGAAAGGACACCUCAGAGUCUGAACUGAGAUUUUUCCGCUUUAAACCGCAUCUACCUUCACUAACCAAACCGAACAGAUUAAGCUAAAAUGAAGAAACGCCACACACUCCAACAACCUCAUACGCCACACGAUGCAGUGGUCCUCGUUUGCCUCCGUCGAGUUUAUGUUACAGAUUUCUACUUUUAUAUUUACAGGUAUUACAGGUUCACAAUGCAGCAUCACAACAGUCUGUCUGGUGGAAACUUUGCCAAACUACUCAGUGCCAGUUUAACAGUUCCAGUCUUUCGUAUUUGCCUUGAGACAAUCUGGAGCAGUGAGGUUAAUAAUAAUAAUCCUGCGCGCUCUUCAAGUGCCACGUCGGCAUUAAACGAUUCAGUUGCACAAAAAGGUUCAAUGAGAAACUUCGACUGUUAAAGUUCAGUUUCAGUGUGAUUGGAGGUUCUUGUCUUUCCCCGUUCUCCAGUUUUUGGGACAUUAGAUCAAAUCUUAGUAAAUAGAUAAAGAUCUCACACUACACUGCUUCACACUACUGAUCUCUUGUUAAUCAGUCAGUCCGGAUCCCAGUUCUGAUCCCAGUUCUGAUCCCAGUUCUGAUCCCAGUCCUGAUCCCAGUCCUGAUCCGAGAGGGUUUACCGAAAGCUCCAGUUUCUAAAACUCUGUAUUUAAGACUAUUAUAAAGUUUUUACUCUAUAAAAUGUAGUAAAGUCUUGACAAGAGUUGUUCUGAUACCAGUAUCUAAAGCUCUUCCGUUACUUCCUAAAACGUGGUAUCUGCAAGUACUCAUAUCUGCGCACCGAUCCGAUACCAUAUCCCCGAAACGGAACCCUGAUACUUCCACCAGUGUCCUUCAACCUCCUCCGACUCACUGGCUUACCCUGAUAUUCUGAUAUUCUUACUCUAACUGACCAAAACCAACAAGGUCAUCGAGGAACAACCAGCAGCAAGUUGAUUUCAGUGUAACGUUAGCUAGAACCUGCGCCGGGCCGGGUUAGGGUUAACGAUGAAAUCAUUCAGGCUUGUUCAGUUGGAUUGGUAUCGGAAUCAGAACCGGGAAGGAAAACUUGGUAUCGGAACACCUCUAUGAUCUUCUCUACUAAAUAUUCUAAACACAAGGUCCACUUACUUAGCUCUACAUGGAGCUUUCGACUGUAUCCCAUGACCUUCUCUGGCUAAUAGAAUCUGCUCAGGUGUUAUCACGAGACCUAAGUUCAGGACUUCGGUCUCGUAAUACCGGGUGGUCGUAUGUGGAGGGACAUUGCCUCCGAUACCUCCCCGCCUGUUCACCUGGGAGGAGGUUGUGGGAUAAACUGAUAUAUUUGUGUCCCACGGUGGAGAACGAAGCUUUAUGAUGCAGUGAAAAGAACUCUGAUCACACUGGAUUUGUUGAUUUGGCUGUAAAUCGAGUAUAAAUUCUUCAGAUUGAGUGUCGAACUCGGUUUUUAAUGAUCUGGUAGAUUAGAAAAAGGACCAUCUGGCAGCCUGUUGACUGAACAGACUUACAGCAGGAAAACUGGACGGCGUCCAGCCUCAGAUAAGCUACACAGCUCAGUUACCUCUCAUCACUACGCAAUACAGCUGCUGCACUGCACAGCACAGCACCACCGGGGGGCGCUCUGAUCCACUCACACAGAGAUCUCCGUCAGUCUUCUCAGAUAUUUUUAUAACAAGCAUGUGUUUUUGUUUUUGUUUUGUUUUUCUUGGACACUUUUUUGCUCUGACAAUGUGUGUGACAGACGACAGUGUGUCGCAACCGGAUCAGGAACUUCUGUCGCAGUUAAUGACGCGUUAAAUCUGCUGCUGAAGCUCCAGUUUAUCAAAAAAUCAUUCAGGGAGAAUAAACUGAAAACGUUUAGCUGGCUAAUGAGUAUACAGCUGUCAUCAUAUGCUAACAUUAGCCUGCAGGCUAACUGGCUACAAAUAGUGUUCCAGUUGUUUGAAGCUAUUAAUUAUUACAAUCAAUUACAAACAUACCUACAUAUCUAUUAGAGCUAAUAGUUCGUAGCUACUUGUUUUUAACUGAUAUCGACGAACAUUAAUCUACAAGCUAGCUUAUGUUUUUACUUUUAUGUCAAACUGUUAUAAUUAUUACAAACAUUUUUAAAAACCGCUAAUGUUUGUGAGCUCGUCUGCCACCUUUACGUUAGCUGAUGUUAAUUUAUUAAGAAAAUCAACAUUAGCUUGGAAGCUAACAGAUGGCUCAUUCAUUGUUGUUUUCUUACAGACCAACAUCAGUACAGGAGCUAACAGUUGCUAACUGGAGCUAACUGGAGCUAACAGGAGCUAACUGGAGCUAACAGGAGCUAACAGGAGCUAACAGUUGCUAACAGUUGCUAACUGGUAUUAGCUGAUACAUUAACACACAAAACACAACAUAAUGUACAAGCUAGCUGAUGUGUGUGAGCUAGCUAGCUCCUGUUAGCGGAUGUUUCAGGUGGAUUACAGUCUCCGUAUGUGUGUAGCCUAGCUUAGCACAAACACUGGAAGUGGAUGAAAACUGCUAGCAUAGCUCCACUAAAGUUAAAAGAAUCAAAGUCCCAACAACUUCAACGCUAACGUGUUGAUUCUCGCUAACCUAAUCUUCCAAUCAGAGUGCUUCAGUCGAGGUAACGCGUCAUUACGAUACACGGGUUCUGAUCGGGUCGACAUAGAUCGGGUAGCGACGGGACGAGGAGCCGGACCCUGUCAGACCAGAUGGAUGUAGGAACCAGGCCAAGGAGCUGGACUAAAAUAAAACCCCACCAGAGGUUAAAGGUCACCUGCUGGAGGGCGGGAGCAGGUCGGACCACCUGGCAACCAAAGGAAAGACCACGUUGCCACGUUGGCCCUCCACAAUAACUUCAGCACUUAUCAGAGAGACGGGAUCAAAACCAGAACUUUUUAUAAGAACGAUAUAAAAUCACAUAUUAUCAGACGAACAUAUUUAAACUACUAAGAUGUUUUUUUGAAUGAUGUGAGUUCGGAGUAAAGUUCAGAUGUUUGGUAGUUCGGUAGCACGCAGACGGGCUGUUACUGUUUUUAUACAGAGCUGUGAAUCUGAUUCUCAGUGGACGCUACAUUUUUUUAUGCAAGUGAAUCCAGCGGCUCUGUCCUCACUCCGGCCGCCGCCGCCCGCCGCCGCACUCACUCUUCAGGCUAAAACCAGGAACUAUCAGGUAUACAGACUCUUUCUUUUCUUCAGUGAAUCAGACGUUUACCUUUUCCCUACGUAGCAGAACGCUAACGGCUAAACCUCAGUGCGAGCUACCCGCCGCAGAGCUCACCUGUAACAGCAGCAGGUAAGAAAUGCCUGCGAGUCGCUGCAGAGGGCGACGACACACAACAGACCAGGGCUGGGCAAAAUGGAGUAAAAUUCAGUAACCGUGACAACCGCAAGACCUCUUUCCAACGUACCACAGAAAAUACUGGUCAUUUUAUUUUACAUCGUAAAUAUCUUCACCGCCUCUGUCGCACAUUAACGCUCAAAUAUUACACAGAAAUCUAUUAUUGUGAAUGUGUGCACAAACAAUCAUCUUCUCUUCACUAAAACCUCGUUUAUUUACAUCUUAUUAAUCUUAUAAAACAGUAUUUUUGCUCCAUAUAAGGAAACUGAAGAGUUUGCACCUGUGACCACACCCAGCAGUGAUGUCACAGUGUCCUGGAGUACACCUGUACAUCACUGCAGAGAACUUAAGUCAUUUGGUGUGUGUGAUAAUACGAUCAGUUUCUUUUCAACGUUGAAAUUGAAAUAAAUAUUCUCUUCUAUCUUUUGGCUGCUAAUCACAUCAAUAAGCUUCUUCAACCGUAAACUGAAUAUAAAUGUAUGACUUUGUUUUAUUGAUCGUAGUAUUCAUGCAGCUAACUGACAUUAUAUAACUGAGGUUUAUUUUUGUGAAAUGUAAUUUCAAAUCUUCUGUUUCCAUCAAUAUUACACAGGUCAGAUAUUUCAAUAUUUAGUAUUUUAAGCUAACGUUACGUGUGUCAGUUGGCUUACACCAUAAAUAAAUAAGAAUAAUAUGUAAUAAAAUGUAAAAUAAUGACGGUUUGCCUUCAGAAGAGGUUAACAUGCAAUUUCAGCCAUAAAACCCAGAAAUAAUAAUGAUUCUGAUUUAUCACCUCGUGCAAACUUUUAAUCUUUAUGGAUCAAUUUAAAAACACUAUGCUUGAAAAUUUCAGUUUUUAAUUAAGUUCAUUUUUUAACUGAAAUCUGAGGACGAAUCCGGCUCCGUAACUGUGGAGCAACGUUAACGGACGAAUUAGGAUUCACAAAAUAAAUGUAAGACUUUAUUUUUAUUCAUGUUACAAACAUGAACUCAGUCCCUCCAGGAAGUUUCAACCAAUCUCACUGAAUUCUGGGUAAAUUUUGUCACCACAACUUUUCUGUAAAUCUGACGUUGAGCCGCAAAACUCGAUCCCUUUUUUAUUGUUGUGACGAAGACGUGAACAAUUUUAUUCUGACUGGAUCAAGUUGCCGCUAACUUUUAAUAAUAAUAAUAAUAAUAAUAAUGACAGUUUCACUUUCUCCCACAAUUUAGUUGCAAAAAAAUACCCAGAAAUAUUACUUAAAUACUUUUUAGAAAAGUUGUUAUGAAAUCAGAAGUGCGAGGCUUAGAGCGACCUGGAGGGACUGCACUGUCGCCAUGUUGCCCAGCUCCGACCACACGAACACAUUGGUUCUGCAGAACCUCCGGGAACAGACGGACUCAGUGCAGCAGAGGUCAACAGAAACUGUUAAGUUAA